UUGGUCUGUUCUUUUCAGCUGCACUGCUGAACUGGUGCAAUAAGUUAAAGUGAGAUAAGUAUAUUUUUUCUUACUCUAACUUAUUGCACCAGUUCAUCAGUGCAGCUGAAAAGAACAGACCAACUGUGUUUGAUAUAUACACGUUGGAUCCGGGGGAUCACUGGUUUAUACGAAGAUAAAUUGUAUGACUAAUCAGAUAACACGUCAAAACUUGAGUGUCAUGCUGUUGCAAACGAGUGAAUAGGUAGUAACGAAAAGUUUGAUGUAGCUUUUAGAAUUUAUUUCGUAUAAUAUAGUAUUUUUGGUUUUGAAAGCACAUAAAGUUGAUACAAAUUUCAAUUUGUGCAACGUAGUGUGUGAUUUUUACAAAAAUGGGUUCUAGUUCUAGUACACAAGAAAAGAAAAAUAUUUCUGAUACGAGAAGACUAGUCAGGGUUGACAAGGCAAACUUGGAAUUUAAUUCUAUAAGAAAUGCCCGAUAUGCAUAUGAAUAUAAUCAUUAUUUACAUAAUCAAGUCAAUAAUCCAUCUAAGGUUUCUUGCAAACCAUUCAAUGAUUUACCCAAAACAGCUACCAACAAACCAAAUAAUGAUUUAUCUAAAUCAACUACUUACAAUCCAAGUUCUAGUUCUAGUAUACAAGAAAAGAAAAAUAUUUCUGAUACGAGAAGACAAGUCAAGAGUGAUGCAAACUUGGAAUUUAAUUCUAUAAGAACAGCCCAAUGUGCAUAUGAAUAUGAUCAUUAUUUACAUAAUCAAGUCAAUAAUCCAUCUAAGGUUUCUUGCAAACCAUUCAAUGAUUUACCCAAAACAGCUAUCAACAAACCAAGUAAUGAUUUAUCUAAAUCAACUACUUACAAUCCAAGUAAUGAUUUAUCCAAAACAGUUAGUAGCAAACUAAAUACUGGUUUACCCGAGUUAGUUACUAACAAGCCAAGUAGUAUUUCAUCAAGACCACCUAAUAAUAACUCAAAUGAUACUGUUGCAAAAUAUAAUGAUUGUGAAAGAAAAAAAUGUCAAAACUGUAACAGUUAUCAUACUUUCACUGAGUUAGGCAAACUGAGCACAUAUUGCAGUGUAUUAUCCAGAGUUGAUUGCAAAGAUACAAUUGAUGUUCAAUCAAAUUUUGGAAAGGAUGCUCUCUAUACUAAGGAAGAGUACAAUCUUAAAAGUAAAAAAAUUGACGCAAGAAGUAAAGAACCCACAAAUAUACCUACUAUAUUGUCCUUAAAAACACUUACAAAGGAUGACUUUAUACCAAUGUGGUUUUCAUGGAAGAAUGACUUCCUUACAAAUAUGAAGUUGAUUGACCAAGCAGAAAAUAAUAAAGAAAAGUGGGGUAUCAUGCUCUUGAAUCGUUUGGGACCUGUUGGACAAGACAUAUACAGAACUUUUACAUUUGAUGAUAGUCAAGCAAAUGAUGAUAUAAAUGUAUUAUUUGAGAAAUUUGAUCAUUAUUGCAUGUUUGGAAGCAAAAAAAGAACACAUAAUGAAGAUAUUGAUAUAUAUGUAAAUAACUUGAAGGUAGUAGCAUCGAAAUAUAUGACUAAUGUGGAUGAGAUAGUAAAGAAGAAAAUUCUGGAGGAAAUAGAUGUUGAAAAAUUUACAAACAAUGCUAAGAUCUUAAUUCCAGGAUUCUCAUUUCCAUCAAGCACAAUGUUUUUGACUGUACAAGAAAUAACACAUAUUUGGAUGAAGUAUGAAAAUGUAAGUUUUAAAAAAGAUGAAAAAAUUGUUAAUUAUACAGUUAAAAACUGUAGCAAGUGUAGUUUGGACCAUGCAAUAAAUUGCUGUCGAGCAUAUGGUAGACAAUGUACGAAGUGUGGUAACAUGAAUCACCAUUGGAGCAGAUGUCCAUCUCAAUAUAAAGAGAAUUGUUCAUAUUGUGGAGAAAGUCACUUCUAUCGACAGUGUCCUGCUUAUAUGAAUGAAUGUAGCAAAUGUCGUAGACUAAAUCAUUUUUAUUGGAUGUGUGGA